GUAGAGAUCGGAAGGGGAGAUGACGACGGCGGCGCGGCCGACGUGGGCGCCGGCCAAGGGCGGGAACGAGCAGGGCGGGACGCGCAUCUUCGGGCCCUCCGGGAAGUACUCCUCCCGCGACCUCGCCGCACACACCUCCCUCAAGCCCAGGAAAGAGGGGCAGCAAACUCAAGAGGAGGUGCAGAAGAGGAAUCUCAGGGAUGAACUUGAGGAGCGCGAGCGCAAGCACUUCUCGUCCAAGGAUAAGUCCUAUGUUGACGAGAGGGACCGGCGAAAAAGUUCAGGCCUGCUCUUAGAAGGUUCAAAACGGGACGAAGAUAAGAUAGUUCCACGGGAAAUUGAUGCAGAUGACUCUGACGUGGAGCCCAGAAGUGAUGAUGAAAGUAGUGAUGAUGAUGACGAUGAUGACACUGAGGCUCUAAUGGCAGAGCUCGAAAGGAUCAAAAAAGAAAGAGCUGAGGAUAAGCUUAGGAAGGACCGCCAGCAAGCAGAAGAAGAGGCCAAGCUGAAGGAGGCUGAGCUGAUGCGAGGAAACCCGCUGAUCAACAUGAAUAAUGCUGGCUCCUUCAAUGUGAAGAGAAGGUGGGAUGAUGAUGUUGUAUUCAAGAACCAGGCUCGUGGAGAGACCAAGACACCAAAACGGUUCAUCAAUGAUACCAUCAGAAGUGAUUUCCACCGCAAGUUUCUGCAUAGGUACAUGAAAUGAUGUUGCUGCAUACUUUGUGUUGCCUGGAGGUGUAUGUCAUGGCCUCCGGGAAAGAGCUUGUGAUGUUUCUGUAUUCUGAAUGAUAUGUAUGACAUAAAUGUAACAUUUACCUUAUCUGAAUGGUGAUAUUAACCCUGAGUGAAGAACCCACUGCUUGUGUAUAA